UGUGGUACAGUUGUUUCAGUCCUCUCGCCACACCGUCGUGGGUUCUGGUGUCUUCCAUCAUCUCUUCUCCCUCCUCUCCUGUCAAGUCUUCUUCUCCCCCCUUCUUUUAUUUUUUUUUGUUUUCAUUUAAUUCGUUCACCGAACUUCCACGAACAUGGCCGAUACCGCUGUCGAUACCACCACCGAGGUGCCAGUGACCAAGGAUCUCAAAGAAAAGAAAGAAGUAGUAGUAGAGGAACCUGAGAAGGCAGAAAAUGGCAGCGGCGACGCUCCAGCCAAUGGAACGGAAGAGAACGGUGCAGAUCACAGCGAGGAAAACACAGAGGACCCUGAAGAGGAAGAAGAUGAAGCCGAGGGAGAAGGAGAUGAAGAAGAGGAGGAAGGUGAAGCAGAAGAGACAGAGGCAGAUGGUCAUCCUGUAAAACGCGCGGCAGAGGAUGAGGAGAAAACCGAAACUAAAAAACAGAAGACAGAAAAUGGAGAUUCCACAGAAGUGAAAGAGUCUGCUUAAUCCUUCCUCCUCGUUCCCAGACAUUUUAUAGCUUAAGUGACAUGGUUGAAUUUAAACAGUAGAGAAUGUGCUUUAUAUCUGUACAUUUUACAGAACGACUUUUUUAUAUACUGUAAACCCACAUGCACUAGAGACCUGUAACAUCACACAGCCAAGAUAGCAAAGUUUUUUUUUGUAAAAUGUUAUUUAUUGGUGCUUGUUUGUACUGGUUGACUGCUACAAUAAAAAAAAAAAAAAAAAGAUCUUUUGUUUUAAGUGGUGGUAUAGCUUUGCUUUGUCUGUACAUCUUUGAAGCACAUGUCUUUCAUACUAGUACAGCCAUGUGUAUUCUUGAGUGAAGCUGCCUUCCUGUAAUAUAAUGGUGUUAGCAUAGAAGGUUCAUAUGCAAUGAAGGCCAAAGAUAUGGGUCUUAUAUAGCCAGAGGGAAACCCUGGGGCAUUCUGUAUAGAUCUUUGGACUUUAUUUGUUGCUGUUCCGUAUAUAGUUGUGCAAGCAAAAGUUUGGAAAAUGGCAAGGUUCAAUAUGUAAAUUUUUUUUCCUGUAUCCUAAUGUGCGAUCAAAGUGUGUGUAUAGCAGAGAUUCUUGAGGAGCAGGCAGUAGUCUUUCAUACCAUUUAUGACUAGGUUAUAAAACUGUAUACCUCAUUAGUUAAUGCUUGACCACUACUUUGUAUAUUCAGGUUAAGUACUAUAAAUAAAUCUUUCUUUUAUAAAAAAAAUAAAA